AUGAAAUAUCCAACUAAAAACGGAGUGAAACAUGCAAAACCUGCAAGACCAGGAUCUCGGAUGGAGAUACAACAACUUGCUACUGUUCGGCAUUUGGACUUGCAUAAAGAGCUCAGGACGCCGGUGGAAAGUGAGCGGGGUCCGGAUCAGAAAGCAGGUUCUGGACCUAAACUCGGGGAAGAGAGUUUCUCUCCGUCUCGUCAGAACGAUGAACCGGGUCCAGAAAAAGCCAAACCUGCGUCCCAGCACAUGUUCGAAGCGCGGGGGCCCGGCGGGUGUGCGCUGCUCAUCGAGACUCUAACUGACAACAACCCACGGACCCACCAGGAGAUCAAACGCCUGCUCACUAAGAACCGCGGGACGCUGUCUGACGGAGCUCGUCAUAACUUCACCCACAUGGGCGUGGUGAUGGCGCCCGCUGAGAACGUCUCCGCAGAGAGAGCGCUGGAGAUGGCCAUCGAGGCCGGAGCUGAAGACGUCCAAGAAACCGAGGAUGAGGAGGAGAAGCUCCAGUUGAAGUUUGUCUGUGCGGUGUCAGACCUGAACAAGGUGCGCGGCUCCCUGGAGAGACUGGGAUUACACAUCACAUCUGCAGGCUUGGAGUUCGUCACUCAGUGUGGGACAAUAUCCAGGCCGACAGCUGAGACCAUCGGGGCGACGCUGCAUAUUUGGAACGACGGGAGGAUUUGCCACCUGAUAGCGUCUAUAAGAGCUGGAAACUGGGCAUGUUGUGGCAGAGAAGAGACACUUUUGAAUGUUUUUACCGCUGUCCGAUUGCAGGUGCUUUCUUUGGAGUCGGACGUUCUGCCAGAAUACAAACUCCAGGUUCCAGAAACAACAUGGUGGAUCCUGCUCCAUUACAGCCCCUUCAAGGCCUUUUGGGACUGGAUCAUUCUGCUGCUGGUCCUCUACACGGCCGUUUUCACACCGUACUCAGCCGCCUUCCUGUUGGACGAACACGGCAACCCGCGGCAAAGACGAUGCGGCUACACGUGUAACCCUCUGAACGUGACCGACCUCAUGGUGGACGUGCUCUUCAUCGUGGACAUAAUCAUCAACUUCCGCACCACGUAUGUGGACCACAAUGACGUCGUCGUCACUCUGCCGAGCCGGAUAGCAAAGCAUUACAUCAAGGGCUGGUUUCCGAUUGACAUGCUAGCAGCGACGCCCUUUGACCUCCUCAUUUUCAGAUCUGGGUCUGACGAGAUGGCAACCUUAACCAGCCUGCUGAAAACGGCUCGGCUGCUGCGGCUGGUCCGUGUGGCCCGAAAGCUGGACCGAUACUCCGAAUACGGCGCCGCCGUCCUCUUCUUGCUCAUGUGCACCUUUGUGCUCAUCGCCCACUGGCUCGCCUGCAUCUGGUACGCCAUCGGCUUCGUGGAGAGGCCGUACACGGAGACCGGCUGGCUGGACAACCUGGCGGAACAACUGGGGAAGGCGUACAACGAAAGCGACUCCACCUCUGGGCCGUCGGUGAAGGACAAAUACGUGACGGCUCUGUACUUCACCCUGAGCAGUUUGACGAGCGUCGGGUUUGGGAACGUCUCGCCAAACACGAACUCCGAGAAGAUUUUCUCCAUCUGCGUCAUGGUCAUCGGCUCCCUCAUGUACGCCAGCAUAUUCGGAAACGUGUCGGCGAUCAUCCAGAGGCUUUACUCCGGCACGACCCGCUACCACACCCAAAUGCUGCGGGUCAAAGAGUUCAUCCGCUUCCACCAGAUUCCUGGCGGCCUGCGCCAGCAGCUGGAGGAAUACUUCCAGCACGCCUGGUCUUACACCAACGGCAUAGAUAUGAAUGCUGUGCUGAAGGGGUUUCCAGAGUCGCUGCAGGCAGACAUCUGCUUGCACCUCAAUCGCUCUUUGCUGCAGAACUGCAAGGCUUUCCAUGGAGGCAGUCAAGCUUGUCUGCGGACGUUAGCUAUGAGGAUCAGGACGGUCCACGCUCCUCCAGGGGACACGCUCAUCCAUUAUGGAAACUUCCUGGACUCCCUCUUCUUCAUCUCCCGUGGCUCCAUCCAAGUCAUGAGGGAUUAUGUUGUUGUGGGUUUAUUAGAAAAGAACGACAUAUUCGGCGAGCCUAUCCACCUGUACGACGAACCGGGACGAUCCAACGCAGACGUGUGCACCGUCACCUACUGCGACCUGCACCGCAUCCCCAGGGAAGACCUGCUGGACGUGCUUGACAUGUACCCAAGCUUUGCUGACAGCUUCUGGAGGAACCUGGAGAUCACCUGCGACCUGCGAGACACUGACCAAAUGCCGCCAGUAAUAACCAAUGAAUCUGGGGACGACGGUGAAUAUCGCCACAAAGCGCGGCACCGAAUCCACUCCCUCGACUGCAGAAUAAGGCCAGAUGGAAUCGACCACGAAGACUCGUUCCCCCACCAGUCCUGCCACUGUUCGCCGCCUCAGGACGGCUGGGACGACCUCUGGAGCUCCUCCCGUUCCCAGUCCAGCGAGGACUUGUCGAAGACUCCAACUCAAACCACCACAGCGGGCCCCGUCCCCACUGACGGUCCCAGACCGAGCCCCGUCCCCACUGACGAUCCCAGACUGAGCCCCGUCCCUACUGACGGUCCCAGACCGGGCCCCGUCCCCACUGACGGUCCCAGACCGGGCCCCGUCCCCACUGACGGUCCCAGACCGGGCUCCGUCCCCACUGCGGCCCCACAGCUGCCCCAGAGCGGAGCCUCGGUGGGGAGGGACACGGAGCUGAACCAGGGCCACCAAGCUUCAUCGUUGAAUCUGCCGGGAAUGUAUCGAUACUGGCCAGAUCAACAGCAGUUGUCCAAUCAGGUUUUACAACCUUCUUCCACCGGUAACCCGGUAACUCUGAUCCCAGAGGAAAGGCCCAGUGAGCUCGAGUCGCGACUCGAAGUCCUGCAGUCACAGCUCCUCAGGCUGGAAACUCGAAUGACGGCUGACAUCAAUGUUAUCCUCCAGCUGCUGCAGAGACAGAUGGCUCCAGUUCCCCCAGCUUACGGCACCGUGUCUCCCAGUACGCUUCCCAUUGACUCCUCUCCCCUGUAUGGAACUGGGACCCCAGUGCUGGACAGCAUAUACCCAGUUUCCCCAGUCCGGAUGGACUGCAGGGCUUCCAAACAGAGUUUGGACCAGGUGGAUCUGAAAUCCUCCAAGAAGUCCCAGGAGUCGUUAUCCAGCGGGAUCCACAUGACUGCAGCCUCUGACGAUACGAUGUCCACGACCGUCACCCCCGACACCGACGCCCACGCCGGGUUCGCCGCCACGUUACCGCAGCAGCUGCCCAGAUCCACCCCUGAACGCAGCGUGAGCCUGUGUGAGACGGUCCGCUUCCUGUCUUUGCCAGUGAACCUGGACCUGACCUCAAAACCCGCUGAGAUCCAGAAACACACCUCGGACCCGGCGCUGCCCGUCUUCACCUGACCGGCCAGCUU